AUGCCGCAUUUCAAGUCUCUCGACAAAUGUGCCCAGUCCGGGAUAGCUUCUGCAGUUAUGGAGCAAAGCUCCUGGCUAUGUGGAGACGGUCCUCAAGAGUUGGCUUCAUGCAUCUGCAUAAAAUCAGGAAUGUCAAAGAUGAUCUCUAGCAGUUUGACUGAGCGAGUCAAGGACUACUGCGAUAGCACUCACAUUGCCAACGUUACAUCCGCCAUCGACGUCUUUCGGUACUAUUGCAGCGCCGCUGAGAGUUUGGUUGUUGCUACCGUCAGCCAAUCAAUCUUUCAGUCUUAUCCAACUGCUAGUUCAGGUGCUGGCCCAGGGAGAACAGUUCCAGGAAUGACUGGUUCAGCUAGCGCAACUGUAAUUUCUAGUUCUAGCACUGCGAAAGAGUCUGAGCCUGGCCAUGAGAAUAAGGAGGAUGAUGAAUCGAAUACGAGUAUCGCACCGAUCGCAGGAGGAGUUGCUGGCGCUGUCGUGGUGGCCGCCCUUGGCGCCGGACUAUUCCUCUGUAUUCGAAGAAAGCGUCAACGUCAAGCCAAAGGCGAAGAACUAUCCAACAAUGCCGACGGGCCUCCAGAAUAUAAUGGACAUCCAGAGCUCAUGGGUAAUAGUGCUUAUAUCAAGGGUCACACUGCACCACCUAUUAUUUCCGAAUUGUCAUCGACCACUUCUUUCAAGCCAGAACUAGGUGGAGGACAAGGCAUUUCAGAGCUCCCUCCUAACCAUGCACCCACAGCUGAGCUUCAAGCUCACCUUGCCAAGUCUAACUGGGGGCAUUCACCGGCACAAUCAGACUAUGUGUCGCCGGUGAGUCCUGCGCCAGCAUAUUCUGGCUUUCAUGGAAUGGGAUUUCAGUCAGGGCCUGUGGAGGCUUAUGAGCUGGAUUCUAAUAUACGAAGCCGAUAG